AUGUCAGUAUACGAUGGUGCUGUGAGCAGUGCUUCAGAAUAUUCAAACCGGAACUCAUUGGGACACACAUCUGAUUUCCGAAGUGUGUUAUAUCAUGUGAUCAGUGAUGUAACAACUAAUAAUAAUAAUAAAAAUAAUAAUAAUAUGACAUCUUUAUUAAUUGAUUAUUUAUCAAAACAGUUUGGGAUUACUCCAUCAGAAUAUGAUCCAGCGUAUUCUGCUUUAUCACAUAAGCAUACUACAUCAGAUAAGCAUACUACAUCAGAUAAUAGCGUGUCGUCUGCUGGUACACAUGUUUUACCCGCUUUCGAGCGUAAAUCACUGGAUGCCUCAUGGAAGACCACUAUAGUACCCUCAGUUCAGGUGGUGAUCUCUUCUUUCCAAAGAAGUUUUAGUGUUCUAUCCCAGAUUCUGAGAAGAAUGUUUCGAGCGGAUUCCAAAGUCAAACCUGAACCUCACUCAAAAGUCGUUCCAGUAAAAUUAACGAAUAUGCUACGAAAGAAAAUAAAAAGAUCAAAUUUCCAUGAAGACCUUUCUGAGCUUAGCCAAUCUUCAAAGACCCCCACAAAUAAACUGAGCGACAGAAUCAAUACGCCACCAAAUGUGCCCGAACUUCCAGCUUCUACGGUAAACCCUCUUCAGAACUCCGACUUACUUCAACGAGAACAGAAUAAAACUCCUUUCAGUACUGACAAGCCAGCUGGACAUGACCAAGCUAAUUCUGGAGGUUCUUUAGGGACACUGGAUUUACCAAGCUCAAGCCCGUUUAUCAAUUCCAGCCUUGAAAAGAAUCUGCUGUCGUGGUUCGGCGGCGCUUCCGUAGUCUUCGGAGUGACUCACAGCAACACAUCUGGCGGGAAUGUGAGCAGUUCUGUACAUGACAACAGAACAACGCUAGCCUUGGUAGCUUCUGAUGGUCAGAUGCCCUGUAAUGACGACUGCAGUGGACGCCGGGGAGUUUGCGUCAUGGGUAACGAUUUCAAGAUGCACUGCGUUGUUGUCGACGACGCCUGCGAGCAGUUUCCAUGUGUGAAUGGAGGAUGUGUGGCCACAGAUGGACUCUACAAGUGUGAGUGCCACGGCGGCUGGGUGGGCACGUUCUGCGACACCCAGUGUACUCUGGAUUGUGGCGACAAUGGCUACUGUGGCAGCUUUGACGACAACGACACCGUUGCUUGCAUCUGUCACUGGAAUUAUACGGGGUAUCGAUGCCAGGACAAAAGAAAGAUUCUUAAUGAGUUUCCCGCCAACAAUCAAGACCUGCAGGUGUGGCACAUCGCUGUAGUGGUUACCAUGGUAACCAGUUGUCUGGCCCUGAUCUGUGUACUUCUGCCCUACUUGUUGUGGAGACGCCGGUGGAUUCCCAUCCGGAAGUUGAUCUUCUACUUCCAGGACUACGAAGAUGAUGAUGAGAAAGAGUUUGACGCCUUCAUCUCCUACAAGUCGACGCCAAAAGACGAGAAGUUCAUACUGCAACAUCUGUACCCGAAACUGGAGAAAGAGUUGCACUUCAAGUUGUGUCUUCAUUUCCGGGAUUUCCCACCAGGCGAACCGAUAGCAAACAACAUCAUCCGAGCAAUCGAAGGCAGCAGACGGACUAUCCUGAUUCUCUCCCCUAGCUUCGUCUCCUCUGAAUGGUGCCGCAUGGAAUACCAGAAAGCCCAAUACGAGAUGCUGAAACUAAAACACAAGAUUAUCCCCAUAAUCCUUGAAGACAUCAGCGGCAUGCCUGAAAUCGACAGAAACCUCCAAAACAUCAUGAAUACCGUCACAUACAUCACCUGGCCAGGCGACGAGGGCUCAGUUUCCAGUAAAAGAAUCUCAAAAUUCUGGACUCUUCUAGAACUAUCCAUGCCGAAACGAAAGUCGGAAUACCAACGUACUUCCUCCUGCGGCAGUAUGUCUCUAACAAAUGUUGACAGCGUGGUGUCUUCUAUCAGUGAGGAUGAUUCCCCUGCAAAUUCUUCUAGGGAUGAUGUAUCUGUUUCUGUAAACAGCAUCUCCAGUACUGACAACUCUGAGAUCUCACAGGAAUCGCCAAGCUCUUCCUUAGACUUUCCUUACUGUCCUAUGUUUCAAGAUGGCGUAAAAAAAGCGAGUCGUGUAAAUUCUGGAAGUGAAAAUUUUGGCAAAGAAACAAAUAUAAAUGUGUCAGUGUUUAAUGAAACUAUUGAUGGAAUCGUGAAACACAGAAAGACAUCUUUGGGAGAGUAUGAUAAUUGUGGAUUACAGGCAAUUCCAAAGGAAGAUAAUGAAUAUCAGGGAAAAGAACAAAAAUCGGUAUUUCUUUCCAGUGAUGACUAUAUUGUUGAGAUUCGAGAGACCGGCAUGUUCAUGAACGGUGUUCGAAUCAAACACAGACCACGUCAGAUGUUUGUGUGA